UAUCCUUUUUUCGGUGCUGGCGAUGCGAGACGCUGGACUGAAGCUGAUUGGAGCUGAGCCCAAGAGCUGUCAAGUGCCAACAUUGAUAUAGUUCAUACCAUCUCUGGUUCAUACUCGCAUAAGUUCGUGGAUAAUAGACAUUGACAAUAUCUUAGGUCAAGUGCAGCACACCAUUAAGAGUACUAAAUCAUGGCAUCAGCUGAAGAGUCGGUGAAUGAAAUUCAAAAAUUUUGGAAAACUAUUUUUCAACAAACGGAUUUCACCCAACAACUGAUGAACAUUGCCGAAAAUAAUAACCCAUUGACUAAUUUUGAAUUUUAUCUAUCUUGUUAUGGCAAAGUAUGGAUUACUGCCAAACCUGCUGUACCGUUGGGGACAAAUUUCAUGAGUGAUGUGUUUAUUACUGAUGCCUCUGUUGAAAUUGGAGGUCAGUAUACAGGAUUUGUGAAGGUUCUUCCAUCCAAUCCAUCUAGAUUAGCAGCUGGUUUUAUUGGAGGCUCAUAUCAAAGGGAAUCAAUAGUUUAUCAACAAUGGCUCCCUGAGCUAAAAGAAAUUAGAAAUUCAAAGAAUCUGACCAACUCUGAAGUACCACUUAACGUUGCAGAGGCUUAUUUUGUAAACCUUGCUUUGUCUAACGAUGGCAAUCGUUUAGAAAAUGAAACUGUGUGUGUUUUGGAAGAUUUGAAAAGGAAAGGCUACCGUAUGACGUCGUCCGCCAGAUCAACCGAUGGAAUCGAUUUUAAUCAUGCGAAAGUUGCACUUGUUACUUAUGCCAAUUAUCAUGCCCUGAGCGUGGCAAACCAACGUAGAUUUGUAAAGAGCGAUGGAUCACCCGAUUCUCCUUCAUCGUACGAAAUUUUUCGAAAGGAUCCAAAUUAUAUUAACCCAGCAGUUGUCUAUCGGACGAUAGUUUUGCCCCAGUAUAUAAAGGUUUUGCAUCACUUUCAGAAGGGAGAAGUUGCCGAUUGGCUGGACGGACUGUUGCCCGAUCUUGAAAAAAUAUGGAGCUGGGAGUCAUUUGUGGAUAGCGGCCCCCUGACGUGUUUGUUACACGGUGAUUCAUGGAACAACAAUAUUCUCUUUCGUUAUCCAAGCGAAACAAGCAAUGAACCGGAAGAAAUGGUGCUCAUUGACUGGCAAAUUGCACGCUAUGGACAUCCUUCGCACGAUCUUGGCUACUUUUUGUUCUCGAGCACAUCAUCAAAUUUCCGCAAACAACACUUAGAUGAACUGUUUAAAGAAUAUUUUACUGCGCUUUCUAUCGCACUAGGAAAAUUGGGUAUUGACCUGAGCAAGGAAAGCUAUAACCAGGCGAAAUUUUUGGAGGAAGUUAAGCAACGCUAUAUCCUUAUGAUGAUGAUUGCUCUCUUCAUCUUACCCAUUUUGCUUGAUGACUCCAAAGCAAAAGAUCAUACUCUGAAAAACGAAAACACCAUUUCUAAGGAUUCCAAUAAGCCUGUCCAGGAAGAUCAGUCCAAAGAACUGGAUGAAGAAGGAACGAAAAAUGGAUGGCAGAGCCUGUUUGAAUUUAAUUCAGUCAUUUCGAACCCUCUUCUCAGUAAAAGGAUCGUUGAACUGAUAACUGAUGUGAAGGAAAUGGUGCAAAAAACGAAUUAAGCAGCUACCGAGUCAUUUCCAGAUUAGAUCAAUACUUAUUCACUGCUCUUCAUUGUACGUCGCUAUAAUGCAUGUAUGGUUGAAUUAAAGACAAAUAAUAUAAUAGGUAAAAAUUCUGCUUCACUUAAA